AUGCUAUUAGCAAGGGUUUCUUCAAAGCUGUACACCUCUGUGAACAUUCACAGUAUUGCCCUCACCUGUCCUCAAGAACACUCAGCCUACACAGUUUUGCCAGAUCACAACAUGGAAGUGUCUGGAGAUUUACCUUUUUGGGGAGAGGUAGCACCUUGUUGUUUCCUUACCAUAAGAGUGAUCAGAGCAAAGAAUCUCCGGAAAGCAGAUAUGUUAAGCCAUCCUGACUGCUACUCGAAGCUACACCUGCCAACUGCUUCUCCUGCACAAUACCAAACAAAGACCAUUCAGAACUGCAAAGACCCUGUCUGGAAUGAAACCUUUCAUUUCAUGGUGCAGUCGAAAGCAAAGAAUGUGUUGGAGCUGAGUGUUCAUGAUGAUGAUGUCUAUCAAGAUGACCAUCUUUUCACUGUACACUUUGAUAUAGCAAAACUCCCACUGAAUGAAAAAGUGCUCAUGAAUUUUAACUGCAACCAAAAGGAAAAUGAGGAGCUGGAAUUAGAAUUUGAGUUGCUGCACAGAUCAAGAUUUUCUGAAAUAAUCAUUACAAAUGGAGUUCUUCUGUCUCGACAAGUCCGCUGUUUGGAGGUCGAGGUGGAGAAGAAAAAGACGCGGAACUCAAGUAAUAUUACUUUUUCUGUAAACUCAGAGAAGGUGUAGCAUCUGUAAUCAUGCAGGGUGUGGCUCCCACU